AUGAAUCCAGAUAUAAAUGGCAAUUUAACUAACAUAGAAAAUGAUAGAUAUGGAAUGAUCGUUUUAGUUCUAACGUUUUUGUGUGGAUUUAUACUCGGGUUAUGUUUUAAGUACAUAUGCCAAAUAAAAAAAAAUGCAUCAAAGAUAAGAGAUAUUUAUGAAACUGUCAAUGCAUUCGGCAGUGACUGUAAAAUGGUUUUUUGUGUCAGAACAGACAUAAAAAUGACUAAAGGAAAAAUAGCUUCUCAGUGUUGCCAUGCUUGUUUGGGUGUUUAUGAGAAAAUUCUAAAAAGAAAUAACAAACUGAAAGCUAAUGAAAAUUCAAAAAAUGUUUUAACCUAUUAUGAUAUAUGGAAAAAAACUGGCCAAAAAAAAAUAGUUCUUAAAAUAUCAAGUUUAGAAGAAAUGUAUGAAAUUGAAAAAAAAGCACAAAUGGAUGGACUAAUUACUUCGAUUAUUGUUGAUGCGGGAAGGACACAAAUCGAGCCAAACACCGAAACUGUGAUUGCUAUUGAGCCAGUUCCCGAUGAAAUAGUCAAUAAAAUAACAGGACAACUAAAACUACUGUAG